AUGGUCCAUGCGCUCCAUGCUCAGCCCGGGAUUUCCUACCAACCGGCCGGCGAUGCAUGGAUGGAUGGAUGGAGUCUGAGGCUUCAGCAUGGACUCAACAUCUCUAUAUCGGCAUCCGCUCUCCCACCUCUUACCUAUCUACCAUCCCCCUCGACACACUCUCCUUCCCGCCUACUUGACAACAUACACUCUCAUUCAAGCGACCCAAUGUCCUUCGUGACCUCGCGCUCCACCCUCGACACCCUCAUGGGCCCGGCCCUGCGAACCUCUGCACCCGGCGAAACGCUCAAUACUCCAAUAAACUCGCGACCUCUCCGUGACCUCCGUAUGCGCUCAGAGUCCAAUCUGCUGCGUACAGCGACAUCGACAUCAACUGCUACUGCUACAGCGACAGAGGAAAAGAGACUUCAACGGGCCUACCAGCAGCAGCUGAGAAAUUUCAGUCGUCCACUUCCAGGUACCUACGUUACACCAACACCACAGCUACCUCAACGGAACCAUAGCGGAUGGCAGAUGGAAGACUUGCAUGCUGCGCAACCACGGCGCCGUUCCUCGCGACACAGCUUGAGUGGUGGUCGACGCAAUCGAUCGAUGGUCGAGUUGUCUCGUCGCAGAUCCUCCCUUGCGCCUGUCGUCGAAGUCGCUUCACCUUGUGAUGAACGGCCUAGCUUUCUGAUGGAUGCAGAUCUAUGCACUGCGCUACCUGUUGGUCAAGCAAUGACGCGCGAGGCAGCAGAAGAUUUAGCUGGUCCUUUUCCUCAUCGCAUUCAUCACCCGGAACCCCUGACGGCAUUUACGAGAGUGCCACACCGGACAGCAUCGAGCAGUACAGCUGAAUGGCUUGUACGGCAUCAUGGUAGUGGCAAGAAUUCUCCGCGAAUCGCAUCGCCGCCUCAUACACUCGCCAUGGAUCGAUCAGCUGCUCUGCACGCAGCAACUCUGUCACCUGAGGCAUUGGCAGAGUGCUUGGAUGCAUUGACGGUUGAGACGCCACAACGACCAACAGACUGUGCGACACCGGGCUUAGUUGCGAGUGGCGGUGAUUCAACAGAUGACAAUGACUCUCUUGCAGAAAGUACUGAGAGUGCUACUUCCUCCGUAUUGCCAGCGACACCGACGCCUGCUGCCAUCAAGAAGCAUGUCCGACGAGCAAGUUUGACGGGUGAUUUGUGGCGAGGCUUGAAGAAAGCCUUUUGA